CCUCCCCCAACCAAAUGAUGAUAAUGUGGAGCCAAACAGACCGAUCCAAAUUGUCCAUUGUGCGUUACGGCAUAAACGGGAAACUGACCCAUGAAAAGCGCGGGAACAGCACGGCCUUUGUGGACGGAGGCAUCUGGCAGAGGACACAGUACAUGAGCACAGUGUUGCUGGACGAUCUUGUCCCAGGCCAGACUUAUACCUACAUUGUGGGAAAUGAGUACGAGUUUUCUGACGAGCAUAUGUUCCGAGCGAUGCGUGCAGGACAGAACUGGAGUCCGCGGCUGGCAAUUUAUGGGGACAUGGGCAACGUGAACGCUCGCUCGCUGCCUCGGCUGGAAGCUGACGCCUUCGCAGGGAUGUACGAUGCAGUGCUGCAUGUCGGGGACAUGGGCUACGACAUGUUUGAGAUGGACGGAAAACUUGGAGACGAGUUUAUGAAUCAGAUUGAGCCUCUUGCGUCCCAGCUGCCGUACAUGACGUGCCCGGGGAACCACGAGGAGAGAUAUAACUUCUCUCACUACCGACACCGGUUUACCAUGCCUGGAGAUGAAGGGAAGAUGUACUACAGCUUCAACAUGGGUCCGGUACAUUUCGUGUCCUUGUCUACAGAGUUUUUUUUCUUCUGGUACUACGGGCCCAUGCAGAUCUACCAGCAGUACGAGUGGCUCAAGCAGGACUUGAAGGAAGCUGCCAGUCCGGAAAAUCGCAGCAAACGACCUUGGAUUGUGGUGUUUGGCCACCGCCCGAUGUACUGCUCGAGCACAGGCACGGACGACUGCACCAAGCAUGAAAGUAUUUUGAGGAAAGGGAUCCCCUUUCUGCACAUGUUUGGCUUGGAAGAUGUCCUCUACGACCACGGUGUCGAUCUGGCAAUCUGGGCUCAUGAGCAUUCUUAUGAGCGUCUCUGGCCUGUCUACGAUAGAAAGGUGAUGAACGGAAGUUACGACGCACCGUACACCAACCCAAGGGCUCCCGUUCAAAUCAUCACUGGGUCUGCUGGUUGUCGAGAAAAUGUGUCUGGUUUCAUAAAGGACCCGGCUGAUUGGUCGGCCUUCCACAGCAUGGACUACGGCUACACUCGCAUGCACGUACUCAACAAGACUCACAUGUACCUGGAGCAGGUGUCGGACGUCAAGAACGGGCAAGUGAUCGACAAGUUCACCAUCAUCAAGACGUAUCACGGCCCCUAUGACAAGACCGGCAAACAGCGAGCUCCAGACCUGCCGGAGCACGUCAAGAAAGCUGCAGGGAUUGUCUCCCCUCAAAGAAAGAGGCAGAAGUGAGAGCUGCUAGCUGGUGCUGUUUAUUUUUUAACUUGAAGAUUUUUAUGUUCCAGAUGUGAAGUUUUUAUUUACCUAAGAUUUUUAGUAGAUGUCUACCCGAUUAAUUUGUUUGAGCAAUCAAAAUUGAUAUUUUAUUUAUUACAACAUUGCUUGUUGUAGAACUUUUUUUCAGAAUUUACUUUAUCUGAAGAAUUUGCUGAUCUUUUUUAUCUUUAGGAUUGCACCCAAAAUUCAUAGCAGCAUUUUGAUAUGACCAAAUUUUUGGCUUCUGUGGUGGAAUGAUUUGGCUCUUCACCGUCGCACACAAGAGAAAUGAGUUUGAUUCUCAUAAUUUAGGAAAGUUGUUCAUGGAGUAUCUCUGUCUACUUGGGCGUUGUAUCCUUCUGAGACCAGGUAGGCUCUGGUAGGCACAGUCAAAGCAGGCAGAGUGCUCUCCUCACUUGUGCUGAUGACGAUGGAAAAUAUUUUCAGUUACAACUUUUCUAGGGCCCCACAAGGGAAAUGUAGUAAGAUCUUUAAAAAAAAACUAUAACUCAAAUUGUGAGGUUUUUUACUGGAAAUUGUAUGUGCCUUUAGUUUCUUGUGCUGUUGGAGUUGUUUUUGAACAGUGGAACUUGAAGUGUCUGCUUUCACGUAGCUCCGAUUUAUUUUGAGAUUUUAAAACAUUCUUUAAUGUGAUGUAAAGCUCAGUCACUCUGUGGUCGCAGACAACUGUAGUGUUUGUAUUUCUGAGACAGAGAAGAUUUCUGCCAUGACUUAUUUUUGCCUACGUGUGCCCAUUUGUGAUAGUGAAUGUGCUGGAAACAUUGUAUUGCUGCCAUACCCCCCUUGUUGUUUCAGCUGUGCUUUAUCCGACGCCUCUAUCUAUCCACAAUAUUGCUUUAUCCGACGCCUCUAUCUACCCACGAUAUUGCUUUAUCCGACUCCUCUAUCUACCCUCGAUAUUGCUUUAUCCGACGCCUCUAUCUACCCACGAUAUUGCUUUAUCCGACGCCUCUAUCUACCCUCGAUGUUGCUUUAUCCGACUCCUCUAUCUACCCACGAUAUUGCUUUAUCCGACGCCUCUAUCUACCCACGAUAUUGCUUUAUCCGACGCCUCUAUCUACCCACGAUAUUGCUUUAUCCGACGCCUCUAUCUACCCACGAUAUUGCUUUAUCCGACUCCUCUAUCUACCCACGAUAUUGCUUUAUCCGACGCCUCUAUCUACCCACGAUAUUGCUUUAUCCGACGCCUCUAUCUACCCACGAUAUUGCUUUAUCCAACUCCUCUAUCUACCCACGAUAUUGCUUUAUCCGACUCCUCUAUCUACCCACAAUAUUGCUUUAUCCGACUCCUCUAUCUUCCCACGAUAUUGCUUUAUCCGACUCCUCUAUCUAUCCACAAUAUUGCUUUAAAUUUACUGUCAUUGUUGAUGAUACUUUAAGCAUUUGAUGGAACGCAUUCUCCAGGGAUGCCAUUAUUUUUUUUAUUUUUUUUGGGGGGGGGGGGUGGAUCUAUCGUUUCCGUUAUUUUUCCUGUGGAAAAUUUGUUAUUAUUCUACGCAUUUGUUUUCUGCUUCACCACUAUACUAGUUGUAUCUGUUAACUGUCUUUUUGUUACGCAAAUGCAGCUUUGUACAUUUUCAGUUAUACUCCUAAAAUCCCAGUGGCAUCCUUGGUUCUCAUUCGUUCCUUGCAAUCAUUAUUUUUACAGCUACUAUAAUUUAGUCUGUGUCCACUUCUCAGGGUGAUACAUGAUAAUGAUUUACGACAAAAGGCCUUUCCUCUAUAGCUUUGUGUGUCUGACAUCAAGGCUGAUAUAUGAUUUACGAGCAAGAGCAUUUCCUCUACAGCUUUGUGUGUCUGACAUCCAGGCUGAAAUAUGAUUUACGACAAAAGGCAUUUCUACUACAGUCCUCUAACUCUUGACACAAACUGUGUGUGUCAUUGUGCUGUGUCACUUUAAUCUCUCAGGGUGAUAUAUGAUUUACGACAAAGGGCAUUUUUUUUACAGUUUUGUGUGUCUGACAUCAAGGCUGAAAUACUCAGAGAAAUGAUUCAACAAGCCUUUGGUUUGUAUUAUGUGUACAUUCCCGACAAACCCAACUCCCGUCACGGAGAACAGCGAAUCUCCUUCUGUCUGUAAAUAAUCCAUGUGUACAUCCCCCACAUUGUCUCCUGUUUGUGGUUUAUCUAGGACAUUGGCAGUGAGCCAACGUGAACGACUGCCCAAAGUGUGGUGUCAUGACAUUUCCUAUUUUACACUUUGUUUGACUAGACAUUUUUAUUCUGGCAAGGAAAGUAGAUCAAAUUAGAAAUGCCCUUGUAUAAAAAAAAUGGAAUUCUUCUGUUUUGAAAUAACAAUGUUGUCUCUGAAAUAUUUGUAAAUUCCACUUGGAACUGUGUAAACUUGUCUGUGUGAUCUCAUUAUUGCUUUAAAAAAAAAUUGUAUGUUAAGAAGCUGCCUUAUAUAUAUUUAUUGGCUAUUCUUUGGGAUUGUCUCCAAUAUAAGUAUAAGGCAUUUAAGCUGCAGUAGUCAGAUUCAAGAUGUCACUGCAUUGAAAAAACAUAGAUCUAUGGGUCUCAUAUUUAUGUUCUGUUUUUAUGAAUUGCAAGUAUAUCUCAGUCCCUGAACUAAGGGCUUUUGCCCAGUGCUGUCACUUGUAGUCCAAGCUGUCUGUACAGAACUCUCUUUUGUUUCAUUACAUCCUGGUGCUCAUCUGUAUUUUGGGUGUCUCUGAACUCUGUGGUUGAUUGCUUUAGCUAUCUUUGCUUUAUUGGGCGGGAAACUAAUCUUUACAAUAAAAUUAUGGAACCUCAGAUUUUUUCAGUUCAAGGAAGAAAAUAUUUUGUCUUUAAACUAUUUAAAGAAUUUGUUGGUGCUUUAUUUUGUGUUGAUUGCUAUUUGCACAACUGUCAGCUUGACAGAAAAUACGCAAAUUUCUCCGCUAUAUUUUUUAACUAUAUAUAACUUUAAACUGAGGUCUGAUUACAACUUUCUGUUGUUUUUUUUAAAUAUGUUUUCUGCAUGUAUCGCGAUAUGAAAUGAUUGUAGAAAAGAAUUACCUUUUUAAAAGUUAAUCAAGUUGAUGCAAGUAAUUAAUACGGCCAAUGUGUAGUUUUGCACAAUUGUCAGCUUGACAGAAAAUACGCAAAUUUCUCAGCAAUAUUUUAAAACUUUAUAACUUUAAACUGAGGUCUGAUUAUAACUUUCUGUUCUUUUUAAAAAUAUUUUUACUUCAUGUACCACGAUAUGAAAUGAUUGUAGAAAAGAAUUACCAUUUUAAAAGUUAAUCAAGUUGAUGCAGGUAAUUAAUACGGCCAAUAUGUAGUUUUACAACACGUAACUUUUGUUAUCGAGCUCUUUAUCCCACUGAACACUUUUAUGGGACAUUGUAGUCGCUCAAGAGCUGAAUGGUUAUCACUCUAGAACUUAUUUGCUGCAAUGUCAAAGGGAUUUUGAUGAUUGUUUUUGGAAACAAAAUUGUCAGCUCGGCUUGGCUUGUGCUACGCAAUAAAAAUCAGUCUUGACACUACGAACAAUACAAAUGUCUCAGUAAAAUGAGACGUAAGGGAAGUGGUUAUAUCAUUUUAUAUGAAAAAGAAAGACAGAAUAACAUCAUAAUUGCAUAAAUAUAUGUAUAAAUAAAAUUGAAAGAUUAUGUUUGCAAAGCUGCCAUGAAUGUAGAUCUAUCUAAAGUUUUGGAUGUGAAGUUGAUCUGAAAAGAACUUUUAUUUUCUGGAAUGAGUUUAAAGGGUGAUAUAUAUAUAUAUAUAUAUAUAUAUAUAUAUAUAUAUAUAUAUAUAUAUGUCUACAGUACAGCAUUUAACGAUAAAUUAUAGCACAAAACUAGCAUGGUGUUGUGGUCUGAGGUGGAUCGCUAGUGCAUUCAAAAGACAUGAGGUCAAUUCCUGUGUUGGGAGAGUUUUUAUUGAGUAUCUCCGCCUGUCUACCGGGACAUUGUAUCUCUUUCAGCCUGGGCUGACAUUUACAAGUAGGGUCCUACAGCCCACCUCCUGAAUGACCUAAACUGUGUCAAUGGGGGCGCAAAACACCUGCAUUUUAAAAACAGACAAAUAUAUAAUAUAUAUACGCACAAAUAAUCAUGUAAAAGUCAGAAAUUAAUUGUCUAAUUCUUUUUUUUAAUGAAUGUAAAAUGUUAUACAAAAGGUAUCAUAUUUUUAAAAUGUUUACAAAGUGAUUUCUAACUCCGUUUUACAAUAAGGUGUCUCCCCAUGGCUGUUUGGUUAACGUUAAUCUUGACAUUUGUUGUGAGUCUUGCUUCUCUUUUUUAUCUUUUUCUUUAUGCUAUGGCAGAAAACAAGUGAACAUUGGGAAGUUGGCCACCGGGCAGAAAUAUUAAAUAAAGAAUGUAAGAAAUUUUCUUAUCAUUUCUGUGGCAGCUAGUUCAGUACUGCUGUUGAGGAUGAUGUGUGGGAAAAAAGAUUGUGGUAGUUUGUUUGCCCAAAAAUCCACAUAUUCGUGUUUAUUAAUGAGAUUCUAAAACUUGUAGGCCCCUACAUGUGUGCAACUAUUUUUCCAAUAAAUGAGAUCAUGAAUAAC